AAAAAUUACCCCCCGAGACGGCUGCACAAAUAAACAAAGUGUUCCGUCCCCAACACCACCACCCCUUAUAACGCUGUGAAAUGCUGUGAUUGAUUGCAAACUAGCAAACAUUUAGUGAAAGAGUAUGCUGUAAAAAAACAACAACAACGCAUCCCAUACAAAGGGUUGUUCAUUAGUCAUUUGCUGUAUCUCGUACGGAUCGAAGUGCCUUCAAGUCGAACAUUUGCCUGUGCAAAAAGUGCAAAAUACUAUCGACUAUUGGUUCACGGUUCAGUGCUCAGUGCUUCCUCAUCGAUAGUGCUUGCCCCGCCGUAUCAGCUGAUUCGGUCGUUGGAAUGCACGCAAAGUUCGCUGAACUCUCUCACCGCCUUGGUUGAUUUCUUGUGAACGGAGAGGAAAGCGGAAGAAUCGUCUCAUUCCUUUAGUUGAGCCUGUAGCGAUGACUGACUGUGAUCAACUGGUAGAAAUACCUCCCAAAGACUGGAUAGAGCUAAAACAUCUGUUUCAACGCGAUUGGCCGAGGCACGAGUUUGCCUACUAUCUAUUGGGAAAUUACAUAUGCUGGAAGUCCAAGCACCAUGAGCCAAUAGACGUAAAAUGCUACUCCUUAAAUGGCAACUGGAGAGCAGACGGAACAUUUGCACUACAGGAUGGCUUCGAGAUCUAUUUUUAUUCAGCAGCUCAAGACGUCAACUGCACUACGUUGAUAAGACUACUAUCUCAAAUAGAAUGGGAAUCUUACCACGAAAUCAGUAUGGACUAUCUUGAGAAGUACCAUCCAACGGUGGAGCGAAUCAUCGGUGACAGGGGUCUUACGGUGGCGAGCAGUAAUUUAGCUAAUUAUUAUUUCAUGUCUAAAGAACAAGCACUUGCACUGCCCUCACCAGCUAUCCCUGCUGGAUUCGUGUUUGAAAGGUUACAGUUGAAGGAUUUGGACUACAUCUACGCACAGUGGCCGCUACGCAAUCACAUUAGCUACGAGGCAGGAUAUGGGCUGCUGAAACGGUUGAUACAGUUGAAUGCAAAUGUUGGUUUGUUCAACGACAAUGGUGUGCUUGUUUCGUGGUGCUUAACCGAUCAAACCGGUGCUCAUUCCGAUCUACAAACUAUGCCCGAACAUUGCCGGCACGGAUACGGACGAAUGGUUGUGGUGGAACUGGCGAAGAGAUUAGCUUGUUUCGGAUCGGAUUCCAAAGCGUAUGUUUUGCAUGACAAUCAUAAAUCGAUCAAAUUGUUCGAUAGUGUUGGAUUUGCGAAUAUACAAAAUCUCCGUUGGGUGGUGGUGAAUCCAACAGUAAAAAAAAACUAUUAGCAAAUGAGAUGUUUUAUUAACCCGUCCUGGGUAAUAAGUACAAAAUUUAACAAUAUUAUUCCACUAUUCACUACAUUAAAAAAUGUGUAGGCACUUGAUCUUGAAAACAAAAUCGUAGACUAUCUAUACUGUGUGCUGUGAACCAGUAACAAUAUACAGGUAGUCCCCGAGAUACGCAGUACUUGUUAUACACGAAUUCGGAUAUACUCGAUUUGACAGUUCGUUGAGCAAAUUGUACUGAUUUGACACAUCAAUUGUCAAAUGCAAACUAAAUUCCCAUUCGGUCGUAUUUGAAAAAUCGUUCAAAAAUAUUUUAAAAAUCAUUCUCAUAUCAAAUAAUCAAAUUAGUGGCUGGAAUUUACCGCCUCAAGCAAACUUGCACAAAAAUUAGAAACAUUUUUCCUGAAAAUCAUUAAAUUCGAGUUAUGCGGUUCCUGCUCGGUCCACAUUAAUAGCGUAUCUCGGGGACAACCCGUGCAACUGUUUUAGUUAUCGGACGAAUUGUUGGCAAAUUUGGUGAAACUGUUGAUAAGAUAACUAAAACAGUCCAAUCGCUUGAUAGGAACAUAAACAGGUAUGUACCUGUUUAAAGAUUAUUAUUUUGCUUAUUUAUGGCUAUAUUAUUGCAAUGAUGCCACUUAUCAAAUCAAAGAAGAAAAUUUUAGAACAAAUAUGUAAAAACUGUGUUUAAGGAAUAAAUUUAUAACAUGACAAUUAUUAAUUAAAGAAGAAGAAACGAUCGAUUACGUGACAUUUUAAUGUAUUACAUGGUAUUGAUUUUUUAUGAGAAGUGCGGAAAAGUUCAUUAUUUUCGAUUAAAGAAUAAAA